AUGUUGGAUAUUAGUUAUAACCAACUUGCUGGGUCAUUACCUGAUCUUACAAACCUUUCAUCUUUGGAGAUGUUGUAUAUUCAUUACAAUCAAUUAAGCGGAGGAAUACAUGAAAGUUUAGGGCUAAUGUCGAAGCUCCAAACUAUUGAUUUUAGCAUGAAUUCUUUGGAAGGAGUGAUUUCAGAAACUCAUUUCUCAAAACUCUCCAAAUUACAGCAUUUGUAUUUAUCUUCUAACUCGCUAGUUUUAGACAUCCAUGCUGAUUGGAUUCCUCCCUUCCAACUGCACUCCAUAUAUUUGGGGUCUUGCAAGAUGGGUCCGGAUUUCCCAAAGUGGCUUCAAACUCAAAAAAAUUUCUCAUACCUUGAUAUUUCUAAUGCUGGAAUUUCCGACAACCUUCCAAGUUGGUUUUGGAGUUUAUGUCGUAAUGUGAUAUUUAUGAAUCUCACAAGCAACCAAAUUAGAGGUACAUUUGCAAAUUUGACAUUGGAAUUUUCAUAUUUCCCUGAACUACAUCUGAGUUCGAACAAGUUGGAAGGUCCAAUCCCCUCAGUUCUAUCAAACGCCUCAUAUCUGGAUCUCUCUUAUAAUAAACUUUCAGGGUCAAUUUCGUUCUUGUGUUCAAGUGCAGCUAUUGGUUUAAGCUUUCUUGAUCUCUCAAACAACAAUGUUUCUGGACAAGUUCCAAAUUGCUUGACACACUUGGAGAAUCUAGUCAUGCUUGAUUUGAGUUAUAAUGCUUUGUCCGGUAAAAUUCCUACAUCAAUAGGCUCUGUAUUUCGGAUUGAAACACUCAAAUUAAGAAGCAAUAGAUUUGUGGGACAAUUGCCUUCGUCGUUGAAGAAUUGCACAAGUUUAGUAGUCGUUGAUGUUGUGGAUAAUAAAUUAUCCGGACCGAUACCUGAAUGGUUAGGGGUUAGCUUAAAGAAUUUGGUUAUCCUAAUGCUUUCGUCUAAUCACUUCAAAGGAAGCUUGCCCUCACAAAUAUGCUAUCUAACACACAUUCAAAAUUUGGAUUUCUCCAUGAACAUCAUCUCUGGAAGCAUACCCAAAUGCCUCACCAAUUUAACUACUCUGGCUCAGAAAGGAGAUCCAAGUAUGAACAUCACACAUUCUUUAGGAUUUCAAAAUUAUACGUAUACGUAUAGAUAUGAGGAUGAUGCAACAUUUAUAUGGAAAGGAGGAGUGCAAACAUACAAAAGUACUUUGGGGCUCGUGAAGAGAAUUGAUUUGUCAAGCAAUAAAUUAACAGGGGAGAUACCAAGUGAAAUCACUCAUCUUGUUGGGUUGGUUUCUUUAAACCUAUCAAGAAACCAAUUAACAGGUCAAAUAACUCCAGAGAUUGGAAACUUGCAGUCACUAGAUUCUCUUGAUUUGUCAAGAAACCAUAUAGACGGAAGAAUUCCAACAAGCCUUGCUCGGAUAGAUCGUCUUGGUGUCUUGGACUUGUCAUAUAACAACUUGUCUGGCAAAAUUCCAGUCGGGACUCAGCUCCAAGGCUUUGAUCCCUCUGUUUAUGCUGGGAAUCUUCAACUUUGUGGGCCACCACUUAAAAAGAUGUGUGCUGAUGAAGUGGAAAGAGGUCCAAGUGAGCAAACUGACUUCAUCAACCAAGAGGACAAGGAUGGACUAAUAACACUAGGAUUCUACAUUAGUAUGGGGCUUGGAUUUGCUGUUGGAUUUUGGGGAGUUUGUGGCACCUUGAUAUUUUCAAAGUCAUGGAGAUACGCAUACUUGAAGUUCUUGAAUGGUUUAAAUGAUUGGCUUUUUGUGAGGAUAGCUUUGUUGAAGCGGCAAUUGAAGGAUGUUUAA